AGUAAGUAUUUCAAUAUUGGUAUAAGUAAGUAUUACAAUAUUGGUAUAAGUAAGUAUUGUCAUAUUGGUAUAAGUAAGUAUUGUCAUAUUGGUAUAAGUAAGUAUUGUAAUAUUGGUAUAAGUAAGUAUCGUCAUAUUGGUAUAAGUAAGUAUUGUCAUAUGGGUAUAAGUAAGUAUUGA